UACACUGCUCUGUACCAUCCGGCAGCAAAAAAUUGUUUUGUUUGUCUCACAUGUGCGCGCUGUCGUUGCGGCCUAUUUAUUAUUAAAUAAAUUAUCACAUAUUAAUUAAAAAAUGGACGAAAUUGUAAUGCCCGGAGAUCGGAUUUCAGCUGCCGAAGAAAUGGGCAAAACCAAAAAGGUUAUAUUAGGUCCCGGUUUGAGACGACAAGAUGAUCAUGUUGUUGCCUGCAAGGUUGGUACACUUCAACACAAAGAACCCAAUACCUUCUGGAUAGACAGUUACCAGAGAAGAUAUGUUCCGGUACGAGGUGAGGCUGUUAUUGGAGUGGUAACCUCAAAAGCAGGAGACAUUUUUCGUGUGGAUAUAGGCGCUUCGGAACAGGCCGCCCUAUCAUAUCUGGCUUUCGAGCAAGCUACUAAGAAAAAUCGUCCCGAUGUUAAUACUGGCGAUUUGGUCUAUGCCCGUCUGAUUGUUGCCAGUAAAGAUUUCGAACCCGAAUUGGUAUGUGUCAAUUCUUCGGGUAAAAAAGGUAAACUCGGUGUACUCUCCGAAGGAUUCGUAUUCAAUUGCAGUUUAAAUUUGGUCCGUAUGAUACUGCGAGAAGAUUGUCCCCUGUUAGCGGCAUUAACUAAGGAAAUGCCCUUUGAAAUCGCUGUAGGUUUAAAUGGCCGUAUUUGGAUUAAGGCAAAGUCUGUAAAGGAGACCAUUGCUGUUGGAAAUGCAAUAUUAGCUGCUGAACAUGCAUCGCGUGAACAAAUAUCCAAAAUUUGUGAGAAUAUUGGAAAUAUAUUAUUAACAUGAGCGAAAACCAA